AUGUUUGAUGACGGCCCAAAGUGGGGGUGGUCCAAAACACUCCAGCAAGACUGGACUUGUAUGGAUCGUGCCACAUGGUCGCGCUUCACCUGCCUCCUGGAUGCUCCAGUGGAUUCCACCCUAGAAGCUGCCAGACAUUGGCAACAUGUCCAUGCCGAGCGACGCAGAGUAGACAAAUUGAUAUCUACCAUCAACCAUGACUUAAUCUUCGACGACGAGCUUGAAGAUCGUCUCACGGAAGAGCAAGAAGCUCGUCUGGCAGAAUUGUAUCGCCAUCUCGAUGAGGUAUACAAAGCCUACGAGAAAGGCGACCAUACCAAAUUUGUCAGCCCCAACCUUCCUCAACCGCACAUCUUUGUGCAUCCUCCCAUACCAGUUUACCUGAAUCUCGCUUUCAAGCUAUGGCGACAAGAAUGCUGGAACAUGUCCGAAAAGCCUGAUCUCAUCAGACAAUUGCCACAUCCACCCUUCAUGCCCUGCGCAAAACCCGGCUGCCACAACACUCGCACUCCAUUGAAGAUUUGUGUACACAAUCUGAGCGCUCUCUACCACAAUGCAGAGCUCAGCCGUACAGAAUUGCUCAAAGAACGCAAUUUCUGGCACCCAGAUCGCUGGAGCAGAGUACCUCAGCCUUACCGUCAGGAAGUCGAGGAAAUGGCAAUUGUCAUUUUUCAAGUACUCCAACCGCUGUGCGAUCAAGUGAAAGCCUUUGGAGUGCUGGGCAAUGGAGCCCGAGCAGAUUGA